AUGUCCGACCUGCAGCAGAGAGAAGAAACACGCACGCGCCGGCGCCGAAGGGAGCGGCCGAUGCUCGUCUGCCUCGAAUGUCAUCGCCGAAAGCUGAAAUGCAACAAGCAACGGCCCUGCGACCGGUGCUCAAAGAAUAACCCACCGCUUAAAUGCACGUACGUCAGACCAGUCCUCGGCACCGCACCGAAGCGGUCGACCCAUGAGCAGCAGCAGCAAGCAUCCAACGAUAGGGAACAAAGCCCCAAUGCCAGGCAUACGCCGGGUCGCUCCGGCGACCCAGCAGAUCCAAGAUCCGACAACACAUCAUCAGCUGCACUCCGCAGCGCUUCAGCUACCGAAUCUCGAGAUAGAAGCGUGGAAGACGAUAAUGGGGAUUCCCCGACUCCAGAGCCCCAAGAGGGCUUGAUUGAUGGGAAUGCAGAUGUGCUGGAUUUGUCCGAAAACGCCGGGGUCCCGACCGCAAAGCCGAGCAAACUCAAUUCAAGAAGAACUUGGUAUGGGCGUAGUAGCAAUCACUGGCUAUUCCCCAAGUUUCAACACAUCAUGUCUCUGAUGGGCCAGGCUGGAUUCUCUUUACCCAGCGGCGAGUUCACAACUUUCAACGAGCUCAAGACUCGAUUAUACCAGCGGCGGACCCUGUUUCUCGGAGAGACCCAAGGACCCCAACUGUCCAUAUUUGAAGAGUUCCCACCCAGGAGCACAACCGAGCUCCUAAUCGAGAGGUAUUUCGACACUUUUGGCUCCGUCUUUGCGCUGUUACAAAAGCCAACCUUCCAAGACCAAGCCUUGAGGUUUUGGGAAAAGCCUGAAAGCGUGCCCAUUGCCAUCUGCAUACAAAUCUUGCUAGUCAUAGCAAUUGGGAACGGUACUCUUGACACCACGAGCGGCCGGCUGCCGGACACCAAGAUUGAGGGUUGGUGGCAUCUCAUUCUAGCUUGGCAGAGCGUCGCCCUUCGAUCUAAUCCCUGCGAUGUCAGCACGCUCCAAGCAUGUUGCCUCAUCGAUAUCAUGAGGCAGGUUUACAGCCUAGAUUCGACAGCCACAUGGUCCUCAUCCGGCAUGCUGGCGCGCAACGCCAUGGUGGCAGGUCUGCAUCGCGAUCCCUCAAUCACAGGAGACCGCCUCUUCAAGGGCGAGCUAGAGACUCAGCAGAAUCUCUGGUACACAAUUCUGGAGUUAGACUUGCAAAGCUCCAUGACUGAGGGAAUUGUGACAACGGUAGGGCCGGACGACUGGGAUAUGUCGCUACCGGCACCUCCUUCAAGAUCGAACGGCAUUGGUGAGGGAGCUCACCUGGACGCCUCGUCACCGGUGGGCUACUUGAUAUCGACUUUGAGGACGCGGAUGCGCAUCGCCAACUUCCUCAACGACAUCAGAUGCUCCACGAAAUAUGAAGAGGCUUCCAGACUGCAGGAGACAUUGGAAGCUGUAGCGCGUCCGCUGCUAGCAAAUAGUUCUCCUGAUCAUGGAAACUUUGCGUUGUGUUUCUCAUCUAUUCUCUGCCAGAGGUCACUACUUGCUCUUCAUUUACCGUUCGGGGUUCAGAGGAGCUCAUCACUGGCUUUCUCGUACACCUUGUGCGUCAGCACCGCCAUCUCAAUCCUCGAGACCAUUGAUCCUCCCAAAAAAUUGGCGAAAGCCCAUGAUAUGGGCGGACUAGUGAACAUGAUGAGAACGUCCGGGUCCUUGUUUCGAACCGUGGCUCUUCAAUCCGUGCUAUUUCUCUGUUAUCAGGUGGAAGCGUCCAUCAACGACAACAAGCCCUGGACGUUGAUCGCCGAGCUCAGAGAUCGGAUCAUAGAUAUCAUCGACCGCUACGCCGUCAUUGCCGAGAGAAGGCUGGCAACGCAAGACUUUGUGGGAAAGGCUUUCAUCAUCGCCAAUAUGGUGUCGGCGAAGGCCAAGCUUGUGAGGAUGGGACACAGCGGAGCGGAAAUCGAUGCGGCGAGCCCAGCUAUGGCUAAAGAUAUCGCAGAGGUCUGCUUCACCAUUUUCCGCAAUCGACCGGAUAUCCCCGGCCCUGGCAAUGAGAGCGCGGUAUCAUUAUCGUUUGUCGAUCAAUGA